AUGGAAUCGACGCAGCCUUUUCAUGUCGCCUGUGCUCACCACCGCGCUGGGAAUCUUUGCAAGCAUGGCAAACAAUGCUCCAAGAUGUUCCAAAAGCCGUUGAAGGCUCCAACAGUCCCUUCGAUUGAUCGCCUUUCGAGCUCAUCGGCGUUCAAUAGUCUAUCUGACUCCACUCAGGCAGCACUGAUGAGACUACCUGAUGCUCUUCAGUAUCUCGCAUCGGCUGUGGCAAGCGGUGCUAAUUUGUACGGUAAGGAAGCAUCGCAAGGCGUCGAGUCAAACAACGCGGCUGUUAUGCCUGCUCGCUGCUAUGAUCCUCUACUAAGUAUCAUAUGGCAAGGAGAUCGGGACAGUCGGCGUUUUCUGGAGAUCUCUCACAAGGCUCAUGCGCAAAGCCACCAUCUACCCCCCGUGUGA